AUGGAGGUUGAACCGAAAUCGCAUGACCGCGUCAAUGUAGGCGCAAAGAUUAUUCGUCCACUAGGGCAUCUCGAAUGCUUCCAGUCGGCCCUUCAUUUGCUUGGUCUGUAUCGCAGCACCAUCGUUACGUGUCGCUAUAAUAUCCCCAACGAAUGCGUGGAUGAGGGUGCGCAGGGACAGCUCAUGGACAAAUUAGAGCAAGCAAUAGCUGCAGCUGUCCUUCGACAUCCUUUUCUCCAAGUUGGCGUUGUCGGCGACGACUCAAAGUGCCCCCACUGGGUCCAGCUUGAAUCUAUUAAUCUCGCUCACCAUAUCCAAUGGCAACUGCUGAUAGAAGGCUCGGCAGAGGAAUACCAGUCUCUGUAUAACAGCAGUCUCAGAGAGCAACUUGACACCAAGUUCUCGAACCUUCAGACACGACCAGCCUGGAGGAUAGUAGUGCUCCGGUCGAAGGGAAAUCUAUCUCACCUCGACUUGAUGUUUGUCUGGAACCAUCCCAUUGCAGACGGCAUGAGCGGCAAGAUUUUCCAGGAAACAGUGUUGCGCCAUCUGAAUGAUCCUGUAUCCGUGACCGAAAGACCACUGUUACAAGAUCACGUAGUUCGCCCGAGUGCAACAGCAGAGCGUCUCCCUCCACCAAUGGAGAAGAUGGUCAAAUUUCCCGUCUCGCUGGGCUUUGCCGCUGCUACCGCAUGGCAAGAGCUGAAACCAUCCUUUCUCGCUGGCGACCACUCUACGAACGCAACAUGGGCACCAAUCCGCCUUGAACCGUACGAAACGACACAACGUAUCAUCUCGCUUGACAACGACACGCUGCAGAAUAUUCUCUCCGCAUGCCGUCAGAAUAAGACAACUCUCACAGGCCUUUUCCAUGCAGCCGUCUUGAUUUCCUUGGCAACACAGCUUAUGGACAAGGAAGCGCCUGCUUUUGCAAGUAUCACGGCGCUCAACCUGAGACGGCAUAUGCCUUCGAGUUCUGAGGGACCCUUGGAAUUUGAGGCUGAUCAGACGAUGGCAAACUUUGUAUCUCGACAGAUGCACAAGUUCGAUGAGACUUUGGUGAAGAGGAUUCGCCAUCUGGCCGCGAUAUGUCGCAAGUCUUCCAUAUCUUCAAAUGUGAAUUGCGAGCCGAAUCUGGAAAGGCUUGCCGGCAGUGACGCAUUGACGGAAGUCCUAUGGGCAACGGCUGCUCGGGUCCGUGGCGAGAUUCAGGAGCGUUUGGAUUUAGGCUUGAAAAACGACAUUGUCGGUUUAAUGGGCCUAGUGAGAGAUUGGCGAUCACAGAUGAAACAGGAUCUCAAGAAGCCGAGGGCGGUGGCCUGGAAUGUGACAAAUCUGGGGGUGAUGGACGGAAAGCUUGGGGCAGCAGAGAUAGCACAGGCGCAAGAUGCGAACGACAACAUGCCAAAGGGUAUCUCAGGCUCAAAAGGUUGGUCUGUUUCGCGGGCAGUCUUUUCGUUGAGCGCUGAUGUCACAGAGGCUUUCAUUCAUAUUAGUCCCAUGGCGAUUAAGGCUGGUGACCUAACUAUUGAGAUUAGUUGGCAGCGAGGGCUUAUUGAUGACAACAUCUGCGAGCGGCUUACCGCUGGAGUGGGGGAAUGGUUGAGAUUCAUAGGUCAAGCACAGUCACAACAUACGGAUCAAACUGCAGCCGCCAAAGUCUAGUCGUAUUUGAUGUCUCUUCAUUUUU